CUACGACAUUCUUGUUCCAGAUGCAAUGCUCGGCAACCCCCUAACAGAAGAUCUUACCGCAGCAAUGGCUGCCUUGAAGGGGGGCGAGGAAGAAGAUCCCUGGACAAUGGAGAGAGAGGAAUGUGUGGCACAGUUGGUGCUUCACUGCCAGUGGUUAUUGCUAUCUGAAACUGAUGAAUGUCUUGGAGGCUGGGCACUAGUGGAUCCAUUCUACAGCCCUGAUGGUGAGCCCAAUCAAGACCAGGACGUUAUCUUAUUACUCACAUAUGAUGAUUACUAUGUAGCGAGCUACGAUGACGAUGCAGAAAGAAUAACCCAGUAUGAACGUAUUCCCCUUGAAGACGUGGAGAAAAUUGAAAUUGGGUUUGAGCCGUCGUUCAGGACGCGUUACCUUUUUAUUCGUAUAUUCUACAAGUACCAGAACAGUAGUGGGUACUUCCAUACCUUGAGAACCAUCCAACAUCGAACACCAGAAGAGGCUAGAGGUGUCCUUCUUGGUAUUGCUGAUGCAUUCAAUACAGCACGAUCAGCCAAGUCUCUUACAUUGAAGAUUAUUGAGGGAAAACUAGACAAAAAGAAGAGUAAGCCUCCACCAGACGUGAUCCAAAUAUCUUCCAAGUCUCGACUGAGUGGAUGGUCAAAACCGAAACCCAAAGCAAAAACCCAACAAGAUUUAGACUCUUCCGAUCGUGACACAGGUAAGCAGUUUAAAUCGUAUCUGAAGCACCCUCUUGGAGGUAUUCCGAGAACUUACUCAGACCCUUGCCUUAACAACCAAGACGUCCUCAACAACUACCAGGCUCAGAGGAAGAGAUCUGGGACUAGCAGCGCACCGCUGAGCAGUGCGAGUAGCUCAUCUGAAAGUGAUUCGAGUGAUGACGAUAAACCAACCGACCAAUCAGAAGAACUAUUGGCUAUGCGAAUGCAUCAAAAUAGAUUAGAGAUGGUGUUGCAGGAAAAACUAAAACCUGCGAGAAAGUUAGAAUGUAGGAGCGAAGAGACUCUCAUGGUCACCAAGGAUACCGAUGGCGAGAAGGAAGGCCAGGUCACAAAGGAAUUGGCUGUUGCCAAGUUUACUGAAAACGAAGGUGAGGGACUGGUAGCUGAAGAAAAAACGGUUGCCAAAGAUACUGCGAGUGAAGAGGAAUGUCUAGUUAUUAAAGAGUCGGCUGUUGCUAAGAAUACAGAAGCAAGAGUAAAUCUAGGUGGAGAUAACGAUAAUGGGGCUAACGAAUCCACUUCUGAGGUAACAAGUGAACAUGUGACUGAGGUAGAAUGCUCUGGUUCACCAGACACGGAAACACAGGCCGCUAUUUGUAAUGAUACGUCUAGUGAUCAAGAGGUUCAAGGUUCAAAGACUGAUGCGAGUAGUGAGGGAUCGAAAACUACAAUUGAACUGGAAAAUCAGUUGCAAGGAGGAGAAAUUCCUAAACCAAUCGAGGUAAAUGGAGAAGUUAGUGAAGGAUUUCAAACUACGAAUAAUCCAGAAGAAACAAGCGAAAAGGAAGUGGAUAUUUCCACAGGAGAAAACGAUAUUGACCUAGAUAAUAUUUCUGAAAUUAAAGAGUCAUAUUAUGAAAGCAAAAAGAAACUAAGGAAUGAGAACAUUUUGGGCUUUUCAAUGGAAGAAAGCAUGAUGAACUUGAAUGCCCAAGACGAAUCAGAAGUAAGUCCGAGUCCCACGGUAAACCUCGGCCUGGGCGGCAGCUUCCGGUCGAUGGCCGUGAGUUUCAGGAGUAAAUCAUCCGGCCAAGAUAAUACCGAGACAAGCCCAGCUGAGUCUAAUGGGGAAAGAUUACCAGAAGGGGAGGAACCCUCCCAGCAAGGGUUUAAUAGAUUUCGUUUUUCAGGUCGUUCACUUGGGGGUCGUCCUACAAGUACUACAACUUCCAAUAAAACAAAUAUAUUUGCUUCUGCGCAGGCGCGAGGCCGGACCUUGUUGCCUGACUUGCGCAAUAAGCUCUCAUCGAUUUCAUUCCCUCGUGCUAAGUCCCCUCGCUUGACGCACAAGCAGCCUCAUACAGUAGACCCUGAUUCUGUUCACCCGCACAGGCGACACAAACACAAGCAUAAGUGUCUCACUAAGAUCAUAGAACUCUAAUAGACGUAUGCGUGCGUCUGGCUGUCCAUUCGUAUGCCAAAUGUGUCGUACGAUAUGUUAGAAAAAAAGAUAACAUCGAAUCAAUGAUACGCAUCGUGCGCGAUUAAAAAGAGAUUGUGUUCUAAGUCGUAUGUGACAAAUCGUAAAGAGAGAUUGUCGAUACGACUUGACACAUUUGUCGUUUAAGAACCGCGCUUAACGGAAAGGAAUGGUUACUCUCCCAUCAUAAUGAACACGAGACGAACGGUGAAUUGUUUCUUGUUCUGUUGAUUUUAAGACAUCGCAGUGUCUUCUAUCAUCUCGACGGAUGUUAUAAGAUGCUUUCUGUUCUCCUUUUCAACUUUUCUGUUCAGUUUAGUUUUGUUCGUAAAUAUGUAACUAACCGUUCGUCUCCUUUUGUCGUUCAUUAUUAUAAUUAUUCAAUAUAGCAGAGGAAUCGUGAAGGAGACUAUUCGACCAUUCGUUGGAUGACAAUGUCUCAUGCGCUGCCGUUGAGGAAUCGUGCUGGAAUUCAUAACGCGUUGCGCAAAGAAAACAAGUAUCAUGCAUGCGAUGUAUUAAGUCUUAUUACCCAGUCAAACCGCAAGGUAUGAUACCACCUUGAUACCCUUGGCGCAAUUAUAUACGAUUUCCUUCUAUAAAACGGUGCCGUUGGUCUACCAGAUAAUUAGUUAUCCCCAAAAAUGCCGCUAAAGUAUCCCCAAGUCAAAAAUUCUGCAUGUAUCAAAAAUAGAAACCAAGCUUAUUAUACUCCUACGUGCUUUUCGGCUCCUGCCCGCGGUUAUUAUGUACGUGCAGCUUAUCCAUCAGAUAUUAUUACAUGAUAAACAGUGUUUUAGCAAAGUAUCGGCGCGAAAAACGUCAGAGGUGAUAAUAAGUUUUAGUUCGUGCGUUUUGCCUAAAUCAAGCAGACACGAAAAUCGCUAUCGGUUAAAUGAUCUGUAGUUAAGUUAAUGACUUAAAGACAUUUGAUUUCCUAUUGACUCCAGCGGAUUAUUGGAGACCCGAUCACGUCCUUAAAUAUCGCUAUCUUUGAUGUUUUACUCUCUUCAUUUCGAUAAGACGUUUUAGAAGACGUUUUAGGAGAUCUUAUCUUUCGCAAAUGAUAGCACUCAGAAUUCGGACGACGUUUCUUGAAGGGUGCAAGACAGAGAUAUCUUAUUUAAAAGCAAAACAGGAAUUGGUGAAAUUUA